AAAGCGGCGCUUUCCCUUCCUUGAGAAAUGUUCCUGGACUGUUCUUUCUGCGUCGGUGUGACUGUGGUACCGGUGCCGGCUCGGGCUCCCGGGCCCCUCUCUGCUGCCGGAGCCUUUGACGGGAUUCCCCCCUCUGGCCUCGUUGGUGCCGUCCGGCCCGGUCACGUGGGAAGGAAGAUGGCGGCCCCCAGAGCGCGCGGCGACGGUCGCGGCUGGUGAAGAGGCGGCGACUGCGGGGGAAGCGGCCCGGCCGAGUGGAUCCUGCUUUUCGGGAGCUCUUUGGCACGAUCUGGCGGCAGAUCACGGUGCUGCUGACGCCUCUGGGAGCCAGAGAUGAGCUGCUGGCAAGCCACGGCCUGCCGGACACGUUUAUGAAGCGUCCACCAAAUUCUCAGAAGGCCUAGAGGGUGGAGAAGGUGUGGGACCCUCCUCCCAGCCUUGGAGAAGGAGCCUGAGCCCACGAGUCCCCAGGCGUCACCCGUGCAGGAAACCCAACCCCACGACGGACAGACGCAGGCGGGUGCCAUGGUGACCGAGCAGGAGGUGGAGGCCAUCGGGCAGACCCUGGUGGACCCCGGGCAGCCCCUGCAGGCCCGCUUCCGGGCACUCUUCACCCUGCGCGGCCUGGGCGGCCCGCACGCCAUCUCCUGGAUCAGCCGGGCCUUCGGCGAUGACUCCGCGCUGCUGAAGCACGAGCUGGCCUACUGUCUGGGCCAGAUGCAGGACGAGCGUGCCAUCCCGGUGCUAGUGGACGUGCUCCGCGACACGGGCCAGGAGGCCAUGGUGCGCCACGAGGCCGGGGAGGCCCUGGGGGCCAUCGGGAACCCCGAAGUCCUGGAGAUCCUGAAGCAGUACUCCACAGACCCUGUCGUCGAGGUGGCCGAGACAUGCCAGCUGGCCGUCCAGCGGAUAGAGUGGCUGCAGCAGCACGGCGGGCAGCCGGCGGCCGGGCCCUACCUCUCGGUGGACCCUGCCCCGCCGGCCGAGGAGCACGAUGUGGGCCGGCUGCGGGAGGCGCUGCUGGAUGAGGCCCGGCCGCUCUUCGACCGCUACCGGGCCAUGUUCGCCCUGCGCAAUGCUGGCGGCGAGGAGGCCGCCCUGGCGCUGGCUGAGGGCCUGCGCUGCGGCAGCGCCCUCUUCCGCCACGAGGUGGGCUACGUCCUGGGCCAGCUGCAGCACGAGGCGGCGGUGCCGCAGCUGGCGGCCGCCCUGGGCCGGCGCGCCGAGAGCGCCAUGGUGCGGCACGAGUGCGCCGAGGCCCUGGGCGCCAUCGCGCGGCCCUCCUGCCUGGCGCCGCUGCGCGCGCACGCCGCCGACCCCGAGCGCGUGGUGCGCGAGAGCUGCCAGGUGGCCCUGGACGUGUACGCGCACGAGCACGCGCCCGCCUUCCAGUACGCCGACGGCCUGGAGCGCCUGCGCGCGCCGCCCGCGCCCGCGCCCUGAGCCGCCCGCCGCCCGCCUUCGCCCGCCGCCUGCUUUCUCCACCCCCCCGCGGGGACCGGGGGUUUAUAAACCGAGUCUCACGGCCUCACGGUGGGCUCUUCUGUCCAACCCCCGCUUCCGGGAGCGGGAUUCCGGGAAGGAGGUUCGGGGUGUCCGGGUUGGGAGGGAACGUCUUAGGGGGCAGGAUUGGUGGGGGGCCCGCUCAGGCUUGGCUAGAAAUGAGAGGGCGUGGGGGUGCUGGGAAAGGAGCGGUGACAAACUCUGUCUCCGUUAGAGCUUUCAGGUCGGGGGGCAUCAGGGGCCUGGAGCUCCCCACCACCGAGCUGUCUGCUAUGGGGUCUUGGCCUGGGGGGGCUGGGCUAGGGGCUGGGGACCACGGACCAGACCCCAGGAUGCUG